CAUGUCCAAAGUAGUAUUAUGUAAUUUUUUGUGUUUCUCCUUGGUGAAUUCUGCUAAUAUUCUGGGCUAUUUUCCAACAUGUUCCAUAAGUCACCAGGUAAUAUUUCAGCCAAUAUGGAAGGAACUAUCUUUACGAGGACACAAAAUGACUGUGAUUACUCCAAAUCCCUUAAACGAUCCAUCAUUGACUAAUUUAACUGAAAUUGACAUUAGUUACAUGUACGGAGAAAUGUCUGUGAUGAUCAAUAAAAUUCUUGCUUUGGGUGAAAUGAAUAUUUAUUCUCGAUUGAUAAACCAAUUUGAAAUAUUACGAACCUUGGAGGAUGAUACUAUAAGUUCUAAGGGUAUACAAGAACUUUUGAAAGAUGACAAUCAACAAUUUGAUUUAGUUAUGGUGGAGUGGUUUCACAGCAUUGGUCUUGGAUUUGGUUACAAAUAUAAUGCUCCAGUCAUUGGUGUGUCUUCAUUUUUUGGUAUACCAAACAUCCAUGAAGUUAUGGGUAAUCCUAGACAUCCGGCAUUUAUGCCGGAUAUUUUUCUUGGAUUUGGUGAAAGAAUGAGUUUCCUUGAAAGGAUACAAAACACAGCUUUUAACGUAUGGUACCGAUAUUUUCAUCACUGGGUUAAUGUUCCAGAGUGGGAUAAAAUUGCAAGAAAACACUUCGGAAAUGAUAUUCCUUAUAUUGGUGAUUUGGAAAAGAAUAUUUCUUUGGUGAUAAUAAAUUCCAACCCAGUUCUGGAUUAUGUUAAACCAUCAGUUCCUGGUGUAAUAGAAAUCAAUCAAAUGCAUAUUAAACCUAAAAAGUCGCUUCCAAAGGACCUAAAAGAUUACCUGGACAAAUCGAAAAACGGUGUAAUUUACUUCAGUUUGGGAACAAACGUGUUGAGCUCAAAGACAGAUCCAGAAUUCCUUAACGCCAUCAAAGAAGCCAUAUCGGAAUUACCAUAUAAUUUCAUGUGGAAGUGGGAAACCGACGAUUUACCGAACAAACCAAAGAAUGUUCUAAUUCGGAAGUGGUUUCCUCAACAAGAUCUUCUCGAUCACCCAAAUAUAAAGGCGUUUGUCACUCAAGGAGGCUUGCAAUCUAUGGAAGAAGCGAUUACAAACGCUGUGCCCAUGGUGGUUAUUCCAUACUUUGGUGAUCAACCGUACAACGCCAAACGAAUGGUCCACAUGGAAAUUGCUAAAGAAUUAAAUUACAAAACGCUCACCAAAGAAGAUUUCAAGCAAGCUGUUACUGAAGUAAUUGAAAAUGACAAGUACAAGAGGAACGUGGUGAAGUACAGUAAACUUCUUGUUGAUCAACCAAUGACAGGACUGGAAAAAGCCGUGUGGUGGACUGAAUUCACUUUAAGGCAUAAGGGAGAUUUUAAUUUAAGAGGAUAUGGAGCUGACGUUCCAUACUAUCAAUAUUUUUUGCUUGAUAUUAUUGCAUUAGCUUUAAUUAUUGUUUUAGUAACAAUUUUGUCAAUGAAAAGACUUGUAAAGGUAAUUAUGCGAAUAUUGAAUAUUCGGAAAUCAUCAAAGAAAUUAAAAUAUAACUAAGUAUAUAUGUUAGUUAUUUGAAUCCUUAUCGUUAUUAUAUGGAAAAAUAUUUAAAUAUUUAAUAAAUUUGAAAUAUUUUCUUUUCAUAUAUGGCCAAGAUGAAAAAAAUGAUAACCUGAAUUGUAUUAAAUAUAUGUUUUAAAUUGA